AUGCCAAGUUCGUGCUGCAGCGACUGUGGUAAUUCGAACGUUGGCACCGUUCGCUUGGAGACCACGGACUCUCUCGCUGAACCAGCGGUGCCAGCGAUCUCGUCUGGGGAUCAGUCGUGCUGUGAAGGCGAUUCUUGUAAAUGCGAUGCCAGCUGUUUGGACCUCCUCGCUAGAGCAAUCUGUGCAGACGAUGCUGGGCAUUUGCAUGAUGUAACAAACCUCGAUCAGGCUCCUCAGGGUACGGGACCCAUUGCAGACUGCUCGUCGUGCUGCGAGCAUCAGAAGGGUUGUACAGAUUGUUCGCAAAAGAGAAUGCCUUCAGCUGGCAAUGAGGCGAGCACAGGCUGCACCUAUACCGGUCUUCGCAAACGCUCCGCCAAGCACGAUGACUCGCACUCCGAGUCGCACUAUCCUACCGAGGCCUGCGGUGAGCACACGUCCAUCGCUCGGAGUAGGUAUCACGACACCCUCUCAGCAUUCGGAUGCAUCUGCAAGGCGAUGCUCGCGCACGGUCUGCAGUCCUGUUGCAGCACCUCUACCGCGACUGAGGCUGCCGGCGUUAGUGCGUCGCGUACUGUGCGGCUCCCUCGCUUCAGUUAUCCACCUGCAUCCACCAAGAGUCGCCAAUCCGUGGGCUCUUGCUGCCGCGGUUCGAGCGGCGACUGUAAUGGCGGGAAGAACUCUAUUAAAUCGAAGUCCAGGUCCCGCGUGUCAAUCGAUUCUUGUUGCGCCGAUAGCCACUGCGGCGGGGGCGACCGCUCUCAGUAUGGACACGACGUCGAGGUAGAUAAGUCAACCAACAUCGAGGUGUCGGUCCUAGAGAAGGGAGUGGGCGGGGUGACCGAGCAUGCCGUCAUCGCUAUCAAGGGCAUGACCUGCACCGGCUGCGAAAACAAAGUGAUCCGCACCCUCCACGGGAUCCCCACCAUCUCCAAUGUCAAGACCAGCCUCGUGUUAUGCCGCGCAGAGUUCGACUUCGACGGCGCCGCAUUGGGCCUGCAGGUGCUUGUCGGGAUCGUCGAGAAGCGCACUGGGUUUAGCGUGGAGGUUAUUGCGGGUGCGUCUAUGCACGAGUUGCGGCUGAACGUCGAUCGCGCCUUUUGCGACCAGCUCCUGGCUAUGGGCCGCCCUGAUGGCGUAGAAGACGUUCUGCGCGUGGACAAAGAUACUAUCCGCAUUAGCUAUGACCCCAAGCUCGUGGGAGCUCGUUCGAUCAUGGAUUGGUAUGCCUUCUGUUCCCCGACGUUCGCCCCAGAGCCUCGCGACCCAGCGCUCUCAGCCGGCUCGAAGCAUAUCCGCAGCCUUGCUCUGCGGACAACCUGCUCUGCUGCCCUGACCAUCCCCGUCCUCGUCAUGGCUUGGGCGCCGCUCCCGCCACGCUCACACGCGUACGCCUUGGCAUCCUUAGUCCUCGCGACCAUUGUGCAGGUCGCAAUCACCGGGCCCGUGUACUUCAGCGCAUUCAAGAGCCUCUUCUUCUCGCGGCUCGUUGAGACGGACAUGCUCAUUGUGCUCAGCACUACCGCGGCCUACGUCUACUCCGUCGUCGCCUUUGCGUUCUUAAUGCUGGACCGGCCGCUAUCAUCUGGCGAGUUUUUCGAGACGAGCACGCUCCUCGUCACCCUCAUUAUGCUCGGGCGCCUUGUGAGCGCGUAUGCGCGCCAGCGGGCGAUGGAAGCGAUCUCGAUCCGAUCGCUGCAGAGCAAGGACGCUAUAAUCAUGCACCCUGACGGUAGAGAGGAACGUAUGGAUGCGCGACUCCUCCAGUACGGCGAUAUCUUCAAAGUCAUGCCGGAUUCCUCAAUUAUCACAGAUGGCACGGUAUGCGUGGGUCAGAGCGAGGUCGACGAGUCGAUGAUGACGGGCGAGUCGCGCGCGGUCGAGAAGAGCUCAGGGAGCACCGUCAUUGCCGGCACGCUGAACGGCCCCAGCACGCUCCUCGUCGAAGUCACACGUCUACCCGGCGAGAACACCAUCACCGACAUUGCGUCGAUGGUCGACGACGCCCGUUUUUCACGUGCGCAGGUGCAGGCGACCGUCGACCGUAUCUGCGGGUGGUUUGUACCCGUCGUCGUCGGCAUCGCGCUCGUCACAUUUUUCGUCUGGCUUGCUGUCGGCAUUGCUGUCCGCCGCCAGCGCCACAGUGAGGCCGCCGUGGCGGCGCUGACGUACGCUAUUGCAGUGCUAGCGAUCUCGUGCCCGUGUGCGAUUGGGCUCGCAGUGCCGAUGGUGGUCCUCAUCGCAGGCGGCGUGGCUGCGCGCCUCGGACUUGUGUUCAAGGCUGCAACAACGAUCGAGGGGGCGCGCAAGAUUUCUCAUGUCGUGUUCGACAAGACAGGCACGCUGACACUGGGUCGGCUUGCGGUGGUGAGCUGUGACGUGUUCGACGCGUCUGCAGAGAACAUUGAUGUCCGGGCGGCCAUUAUUGAGCUCGUGGCGUCCAGCAGACAUCCAGUAGCGCGUGCCGUUGGAACUUACCUCGUCGAAGCUGGAGUGAAUGGUGACGUGAAAGUGGGGGAUGCCGAGAUGGUGACUGGAAGAGGCAUGCAGGGUGUAUUGGCUGGCAAGCCCCUUCGCGGUGGCAGUGCGUGCUGGUUGGACGUCGAGGAUCAUCCUGUCGUCAAGCCUCUCCUCCUGAAAGGCCUUACUACGUUCUGUGUCAUGCAUGGUGAUAGACUUGUGGCAGCCUUUGGACUUGAAGACACGAUGCGCCCCGAGUCGCUGUUUGUGGUCGACACUCUCUGCAAGCGGGGCAUCCGCAUCUCCGUCCUCAGUGGUGACCACGCUACUGCGGUAGAGAAGGUCGCUUCGGCUUUGAACGUUCCCAGUGACUGCGUGCGGUCUGCGUGUCUGCCUGAAACGAAGCAGGCGUAUAUCAAGGAGCUACACGCGGCAGGCGAGAAGGUACUCUUUUGUGGGGACGGCACGAAUGACGCCGUCGCGCUCGCGCAGGCCGAUAUUGGCGUUCACCUGCAUACGGGGGAGGGUGCCGGCUUCGCUGCGUCCACUGCGGCGGAUGUUGUUCUGACUCAUCCGUCGCUGAUGGGUAUCCUGUUCCUGUUCGAGCUGUCCGAGGCGGUCGCGCGCAGGAUCAUGCUGAACUUCGCGUGGUCUGCAGUGUACAACCUCAUUGCAAUCCUGUUCGCUGCGGGCGCAUUUGUGAAGGCCCGCAUCGCCCCUGCGUACGCCGGGCUCGGCGAAAUCGUCAGUGUACUUCCAGUCGUGUUGGUUGCCUUGCAGCUGAAAUGGUUCAAGUCACGAGUAUGA